CCUCUCCCGCAACUCUGGCGGAAAAACUUCUCAGACCUGUCUGAACCAUGCUACCCCUUCGUUCUUUUGUCCUCGCAUGGACUAUCUUCUCCCUCGCGGUAUCCGCGUCCUGUCUCAGCAGUGCUCAACAUGGGAAGAUUGGCUUUUUCAGCAAAGCCCCUCUGGCCUUCGGAUACACCCAUCCGUCACCAUCGGAGUGUGCCAUUGAGUGCGAGAGCCUGAGCACCUGUCAGGCAUGGCUCUUCACCGUCAAUGGCAAGGAAUGCCAAUUGUACGGCUCGGACCCGGUUGCGCAGGCGCAGAAUGCGGGCUUCAUCUUGGGACUGUGUGGUGAGGAGCAUGCUAAUACGCCAACUGUUUCGCCUUCAUCCAAGCUGGUACCUGGGCCGUCGGCCUCUCGUGGAGUCGUCUCUGUUUCUCAUUCUUCUGUUCCGGCGUCGAAUGCAAAUCAGGCAUCCGCAGAUCAUUUCAAGCGGCAUCGGCACGGGCACUUUGGUCAUCAUCACAACCAUCAUUAGAACUGCUCACAAUCUCCGGGCACGUGGAUUCUUGAAUGAUUGACAAACUGAAGUUGAGCGGCGAGGCCCAGUGACCUGAUAGGUCUGAUGCGGAUUACGUUGACAAUGGAUAGUAUGGACGUAUAUGCGCGCAGCGAAUAAUGUACCAUGGUCAGUACUAGAGCGCCACGAUAUCAACUGAGAACAAACAUAUACAUCCACACACAGAGCGAGAGAGGCCAUGCUGUUUACCUCGCAUUGUUCAAAAUUGUCAAAUGUUUCUAGGCUGCCAUCUUCAUGAUUACUAUGUGCUUGUACUUGAUUCUUUGCCCUCACUUCGGGAAGGUAUAGCCUCAAAUGACCAUGGUGAUUACAAAACGUGCGAUGCGGGAUUAACCUUGAACUACAACCAUUCCUCUCCAUGUUGCCUCUCUGAUGCGCAAAGAUUAG